AUGACAUCACCCGUUGACAGUCCGCUGGUCAGGGACUCUAAGCUUCUUUUAAAAAAAGGUAAGCUAUUCAGGCCUUAUGCGCUACCCUUCAUUCCAUUAUACGCAACUUUUGCGCAAUUGUAUUUCAAACAAUACGAUCAGUACAUCAAAGGUGGCGAAUGGACGUUUGUGUACCUAGGCGGGCUUAUAUCAUUGAACAUCCUUGUGAUGCUUCUUCCACAGUGGAACGUUAACCUUGCAAGUCGAUUCAACUUCACGGGAGCGUCUGGAAUCGCAGAGGCUACCCAUAUUUUGAUACAAACCGCACCAAAUAAUGGUGCAGACGACAUAGUGGAGAUCCAGCAUAUCGAAGAAGCUGGCCAUCUAACAGUUUUCUUUCAAUUUCAGAAAAAGAGGUUUUUACUCGACACUGAUACCGGUGUGUUUUCCAGUCCCAAAUUUGUUGUGGACGAAUCUCCCAAGCUCGAGGUAUUCCAGCAUUGUAAGGGUCACUCUGGAGACUUGACUCAUGCUAGAAGGUUGUACGGAGAUAACUCGUUUGACAUUCCAAUUCCGUCCUUUACUGAGCUUUUCAAAGAGCAUGCUGUUGCUCCUUUUUUCGUCUUCCAAAUCUUUUGCGUUUGUUUGUGGCUAUUGGAUGAUCUUUGGUACUAUUCGUUGUUCAAUUUAUUCAUGAUCGUGGCUAUGGAAGGCGCCAGCGUUUUUCAAAGACUGACUACUCUAAAAGAAUUUAGAACUAUGGGUGUCAAGCCUUAUUCGAUUAAUGUAUUGCGGGAUGGUAAAUGGCAGUUAAUGCAAACCACUGAUCUACUACCUAUGGACCUUGUCUCAGUUACUAGAACUGCCGAAGAUAGCGCCAUUCCAUGCGACCUUGUUCUCAUUGACGGAUCUUGCAUCGUAAAUGAAGCAAUGCUAUCAGGUGAAUCCACUCCCUUGCUCAAAGAGUCUAUCAAAUUACGCCCUCAUAACGAAUCCCUCCAGUUGGAAGGUCUUGAUAAAAAUUCAGUUUUGCACGGUGGUACCAAAGCUUUGCAAGUCAACGCGCCCGAACACCAAUCCUCUGUGCCCACCCCACCUGACAAUGGUGCAUUGGCUGUUGUUACCAAAACUGGGUUUGAAACCUCUCAGGGCUCUCUCGUGCGGGUUAUGAUUUACUCUGCCGAACGUGUCUCUGUUGGUAAUAAAGAAGCUUUAUACUUCAUUUUGUUUCUGUUGAUUUUUGCUAUUGCUGCUUCCUGGUACGUUUGGACUGAAGGUACUAGAAUGGGAAGAAUCCAAUCUAAGCUGAUUGUCGACUGUAUUUUGAUCAUCACAUCUGUUGUACCCCCAGAGUUACCAAUGGAACUAACUAUGGCCGUUAAUACUUCUUUGGCCGCCCUUUCCAAAUUCUUUGUUUAUUGCACGGAACCUUUCAGAAUUCCACUUGCAGGUAGAAUUGACGUUUGUUGUUUUGACAAGACAGGUACUUUGACUGGUGAGGAUCUGGUUUUUGAAGGCCUAGCAGGAAUUGCCACAAAUUCUGAGAAGGUCGACCAGUUAUCUUCGGCAGAAGAUGCCUCUUUGGAAACUACGCUAGCUAUUGGUGCUGCGCACGCUCUCGUCCUACUCGAUGACGGCGAGAUUGUAGGUGAUCCCAUGGAAAAAGCUACUUUGAGCGCAUUCAAAUGGAAGGUUGGUAGCAAAGACACGGCUAGCAAAGACAAAAUCGGCCAAUUAGAGAUACUACGCCGUUUCCAAUUCUCCUCUGCGUUAAAAAGAUCUUCGUCUGUUGCUAAGCAUAAGAACAAGACGUUUGUUGCUGUUAAAGGUGCCCCAGAGACUAUUCGCGAAAGACUCACUACUAUACCCCCCAACUAUGAUCAAAUAUAUAAGCACUUUACUCGUUCAGGCUCGAGAGUGUUGGCACUAGCUUCCAAAGAACUCUCGAAUUUGUCAAGUAAACAAAUUGAUGGCCUCGAUCGUAAGAACAUGGAAAUGGAGCUCGAGUUCCGAGGGUUCCUCGUUUUCCAAUGUCCUUUGAAAGAUGACGCAACCGAGACCAUCAAAAUGUUGAACGAGUCCUCUCACCGUUGUGUUAUGAUCACUGGUGACAACCCCCUGACCGCCGUCCACGUCGCCAAGGAAGUUGGUAUUGUGGAACGCGAAUGCUUAAUAGUGGAUGAGCCCGUCGAUGGAUCUGAACACUCUUUGGUGUUGAGAAACGUCAGUGAAACAAUUAUGAUUCCUUUCGACCCUACCAGCGAUAAGUUUGAACACUCUGAAAUUUUUGCGAAGUAUGACCUGGCUGUUACAGGGCACGCCUUGAAUAUGCUUGGCGACCACCAUCAAUUGAGGGAAUUGAUUCGUCAUACCUGGGUUUAUGCCCGCGUCUCCCCAAGUCAAAAAGAGUUCAUCUUAAACACUCUAAGGGAUAUGGGCUAUCAAACUUUAAUGUGUGGCGAUGGUACCAAUGAUGUUGGCGCUUUAAAACAAGCCCACGUUGGUAUCGCUUUGUUGAAUGGUACUGAAGAAGGGCUCAAGAAAAUUAGCGACCAGCGUCGCAUUGAUGCUGCAAAGACUGUUUACGACAAGCAAUGUGGCUUUAUGGAAAGAUGGGGGCAACCGAACCCUCCUGUACCAGAGCCGAUCGCACACCUUUACCCACCUGGUCCUUCGAAUCCUCACUAUUUGAAAGCUUUAGAAAAGAAGGGUGUUCACAUCACAUCUGAAAUGAGAGAACUAGCUAUAGAGGCCUCGGCCAAACCUGUUGUUACUAGAAAAGUGGAGAUGCCCGAACAAAAAGCUAGCGAUCUAGCAGAUAUGGUCAUGGGAUCUCUGGGCGAAGCUGAGGGAGAUGAUGCGCCUACCUUGAAGCUAGGAGACGCAUCGUGCGCUGCUCCUUUCACUUCCAAACUUGCUAAUGUAUCAGCUGUUACCAACAUCAUUAGACAAGGGCGUUGUGCGUUGAUCAACACUAUUCAAAUGUACAAAAUUUUGGCGUUAAAUUGUUUGAUCAGCGCCUAUUCGCUAUCCAUUAUUUACCUUGCUGGUGUGAAAUUCGGUGAUAGCCAAGCAACUACAUCAGGUCUUCUCUUGUCUGUCUGCUUUUUGAGUAUUUCCCGCGGUAAACCUUUAGAGAAGUUAUCUAAACUAAGGCCGCAACCUGGGAUUUUUAACUUUUACAUCAUGGGUUCAAUUUUAGGCCAGUUUGCUGUUCAUAUUGCCACCCUGGUUUAUAUCACACUGGAGAUCUAUAAGAUCGAGCCUCGCGAACCUCAGGUUGAUUUGGAAAAGAUUUUCACGCCUUCUUUACUAAACACAGGUAUAUUCAUGAUUCAAUUGACUCAGCAAGUUUCAACCUUUGCUGUUAAUUACCAAGGAGAGCCAUUCAGAGAAAGUAUCAGAAGCAAUAAGGGAAUGUACUAUGGUUUACUUGGUGUUGGUGGCUUGGCUCUCGCAGGUGCUACCGAAUUCUCUCCAGAGUUGAACGCUGCUAUGAAGUUUGUCCCUAUGGAUGACGUUUUCAAGGUAAAGCUCACAGCAACAUUGCUGGUGGAUUUCCUCGGAAGUUGGGCUGUCGAGUUGCUAUUCAAGUAUCUUUUCAUGGAUUCUAAGGCGGCUGACAUAGCCCAGCGCGACUCGAAGUAG